AUGGGCUUUCGAGGCUUGAUCAAAGGGUUGAUCCGAUACCCUAGCCGACUCUUUCGAGACGAAUUGGAAGAUGAUAUCUCGGUGACAACCUUCGGAGACGCCGACCUCGAAGCCGAAACGAAGAAUGAUAGUCAGAGAGAAAGCCAAAGGCUCUGGAACUUCAGCAACACAAGAACCCUCACAGACACUUUCGCUCCUGAGAAGCCUGGGCGUGAGCGGGUAUAUGAUAUUUGCUCGUUUGAUGAGAGUAUCUUUGCCGAAAUAUUCGAAAGCCUUGACCUGGUCGAUCAAGUUUGUUUUGCUCUAACCUGCAAAUUUCUCUUUGCCACAUAUAAGGGGACUGUCAAAGAUAAAGCAAUACUUCCGCAACAGCCGACUAUACAUCGUCUUCCUCUCUCGUUUGUCAACAGCGAUGAUAAGCUACGAGUUCGACUCCUUGUGCGGCUUGAGAAUUCCCAGUGGGCAUAUUGUGCCGAAUGUUUUCUACUCAAACCACGAAGGAUGUUUGCACCAGAUUCGCUCGCAGUCUUGCCUCUGAAGAGACGUUGUGAGAGCUACAAUGGAGUCAUAAAAUUCUGCCCAUGUCUUUACUUUACUCUUCGAGAUCGAAACAAUGUACGGGCUCUUCUCCGAUCCUCCCUUACGCCACCUCCGACUAACUAUGGCGCUUUUGGGUUUCCUUCUGACGAAUGGAGAUGCAAAAGUCAUGUCUGCCCAUAUCACUCAAACGAUAAUGAAGAGGUGCAGAUCUUUGUGUCAAUAGCUCUUCGUAGUAUGGGCAUGAUCGGUUUGUACGUUUGGUACUUCCUUCGUCUUCCAGAAUCUUCUAGGGAUCAGGCCAGGCUAGCCGACCCUAUCCUCAUAUGUCCUCACCUGAAUCUAUGGGACUUGGUAUACGCGCCUGGAAAUUCGACUGAAUGCAGAAUUUGUGGUGCUGCUGUUUGGAGAGGGUCAGAUUCACAGGGAGACACUGAUGCAGUGACUUUUACCACACGCCUGUCUCUUGGGUAUGUCGAUGAAUCGGAUGACCCGCUAUGGCUUCUUUACUGCUGCACCCCCGAGGAUGACACUCAGUAUGUUGCUCCUAGCCUGUAA